GCCUGGGAUAUGCAAGAGCGUGUACACAGUGACCUGAGUUUUCAUUUGCACUUCAGCAGGACUUCAUGGACGAUCCUGGGACAUGGCUCUGCGACUCAGCCUGCUCCAGCGCGUAACGACGCUGUCUCUGGUUUUACUUUUGCGCCACACUGCAACUGCGGCAAACGGAGGGAGGAAAGGAAACGCGGAGAAAUGCGGAUACAAGGGAGUUCAGUCUGGUUCUGAUGAAAGCGGACGCAAGCUGAUCACCUAUCGAAAUGACAACUGUUCUCUGAACUGGAACCCGUGGGGAAAACAUGCCAUCCAUGAAGUGAACAAUAUCAGCUUCACUCAUUUGUCCUGUGAUAACCAGGCGGCCGUUGUAGUUCACUGGAUGCCAAGUCCCCUCGGUAUAGAACAUGUAAAGGGAUUUCGUGUUUAUUUGGAGGAAAAGAAUCCGGAAGGCAAACAGUGCCAACACAUGAUCCUGAAGGACCCUCGGCAGCUCAAUUUCUCCUUCAAGAAUGUCAAGCUGAGCUCACAGCCCUUCGUCGGUUUGGCCUUCGAGAUGGACUACAUGGUCAGGAUAGUUCCAUUUCCUACGUUCAUGAAUGACAGCUUCUUUCCCCCUUCCUUCCUGCACACUAACAGUUGUGAAGUUCUUCUUGGCCCGGACAACCUCGUCUGCAAACCAUUCUGGAAGCCCAAGAUGCUCAACGUCUCCCAGCUCGGCUCCAGUCUGCAUGUUGUUUUCGAUCACGCUCCUCCCACUUUUGGCUUCAACACCUACAACCUGUAUUACAAGCUUCGACAGGAGAGCCACUUCAAACUCAAACGCUGCAAACCGGAGAUGAAUGGCCCUAAAACAACGUGCAUUUUACAAGAUGUUACUCCAGGAACAUAUGCGAUAGAGCUUCGUGAUGACAACAAUAACACCAGGAGACAGACUCUGUAUCAUGUAAGCCAAGGUUUUUAUGCGAACACAGACAAGCCCAUCCUCACCCAGAAAAAUUUGCAUUCUCCGUGGGCUGGUCCGAUCCGUGCCAUUGCCAUCACUGUGCCCCUGGUCAUUAUGUCUGCCUUUGCUACUCUCUUUACCGUCAUGUGCCGCAAGAAACAGCAAGAGAACAUCUACUCCCACCUUGAUGAAGAGAGCUCCGAGUCAUCCUCUCACACCACAGCACUGAGCUCAGAGAGACCGUGGCCUCGGCCCAAAGUCUUCAUCUGCUACUCCACUAAAGACUGCCCCAAACAUCUCGCCGUCAUUCAGAGCUUUGCUUUCUUUCUGCAGGAUUUCUGCGGCUGCGCGGUGGUUCUAGAUCUUUGGGAGCAUCUGGAAAUCUGUAAGGAAGGUCAGAUGUCCUGGUUGAGCCGACACAUCGAUGAGGCUCACUUCCUCAUCACCAUCUGCUCCAAAGGCUUCAAAUACUUUGUGGAGAAAAGGCAUCGCAAAGGCAAGGCCACAUCCAAGGAGAAAAACAAAGAGGGUGCUAUACCAGACUUGAGCAGCAACGACCUUUUUGUAGUAGCUGCUGCGAUGAUCGGUGAGAAGCUGCGCGAGGCUCAGCAGGGCUCAGCUGACCUCUCGCGCUUCAUGGCCGUCUAUUUUGAUUACUCCCGCGAGAGUGACGUGCCCACCUCGUUUGCUCUGGCACCCCGCUUCAAGUUGAUGGACCAGCUGCCAGAGCUGUUGGCGCGGCUGCACUCUCGUCAGCUCGGCGUACCCGCUGUCAGCAAGCGCAACUAUUUCCGCAGCAAAGCGGGCCGCUCGCUUUACGUCGCCAUCUGUAACAUGCACCAGCACAUCGCCCAUGAACCUGACUGGUUCGAGCGACAGCUCAUGCCUCCCGUUUCUGCUCCCAUCCCUCACAAACGCGAGAAACCCGACUCGGGACUCGCGCUCAAUGAGGUGGUGCUUAAGCGGCACUUCGAUAAUGAGCGGCCCAUCAUGAACGUUCUCAUCCCAACUACCAUGCCAAAUCCAGGCACUUUCCUGCUCUCUGGAAUAGCCUCGAGAUCAGCACAGGAGGAAAUCGGGGAAAGUUCAUCACAGUCAUCAUCGUCCUCAGGUCAGGAAGCAAGCGCCUUACCGAGGCCCUUGUGCCACACAGAUGGCUCAGCGAGCCCUCCAGAAAUGCCCAGAGACUCUGGAAUCUAUGAUUCAUCUGUGCCAUCUUCAGAGCUGUCAAUCCCAUUGAUGGAGGGACUUUCACCAGAUCUGGCAGACUCAACCUCCUUGACGGAAAGUGUGUCUUCUUCAUCUGGAUUAGGUGACGAGGAACCGCCUGCUGUAAGCUCGCUGCAUUGUACUACUCCCACCAUCUGCAAGGCGGAGCUUCAUCACCUUGUGGAACCGAUUGAAGGACUUGUAGCACCUGCCUCCCCCUAGUGGCCAUUUUCUGGAUGCGCUUCGCCACUUUACCGCCUUCUUUACAUGAUUCAAUGUUGCCAACAAGCCUAAUUUCUUACGUGUCCCACUUAGAUAUCAAGAAGCCUGUGGUUUCCUUUGUGGAGAUAUCUAGAGACGUCGAAGACUUUGUCCUGGACAAAUGUACAGUACGCGAAGUAGGGAAGGCACUGUCGAACCAAAGCAGCUGUGAACUCUCGAGUCCAGCCAUUUAUUUCAUUAGCGUUAGCACAAAGCAUUGCAGUAGAUAGUACUUGGUUUUAUUAGAACAAUCAAAUAACCAACUGCUCCUAACCACAUCAUCAGGUGGAGUUUACAGCACCAGGAGCAUGUCAGGGCAACCAUAUUAUUCUAAAUGUGGAACUUGUCAAAUAUGAAAAAGAAAUCUUAUUGCAGUUUUAUUUAUUGAUAUUAAACUUUUUAUCAUUGGUUCAUAGAUGAUUUAAUGAUUGUAUUGGUCUUCCUACAAAAACUGUUUUAAUAAGAACUCAUUGCAUAAAUGAUAUCGUACAUGAUAUUCUCAUUGAUUUUAUCGGCCAUUUGAAAUCCAGGCGAUAGACGUGCAUUCAUGAAUUCAUGACAAAGGAAACAGGAAAUAAGGGACAAGUUUUGAAAUUGUCGAAAUUUCUAUUAUGUUUUUUGUACAGUUUUGCUUUUAGAGUAAUAGAAAUGAUUUCUACAUUAUAUAUGAACUUUGUACUGUUUUAUAGUACUCUAAUGUAGGAAAUGUGUUAAUAAAACUAAAUUUUUAUGACAAA